UAAUAUUCCAUUUGUUGAGAUUGACAAAAUAUUUGCGAACUUCAUUCAUUCAUCUCUGUCAGUUUCAUGAAACAGAUCAAUUUCUGAUCUAAAGAAACAUCGUUGCAUUUGAUACUCGCUUGGGUUUUCGAUCAAAAGAUUCGUUCCUACGCCAUUUGAAGAAAUAUCUCUUCCAAGUGCAGCUAUGGAAGGAACGAACUACAAACUGCUGAACUCGGCGUUUCUUCAAAGUGCCAUUGAUGAAAAAUUGCAAUAUCAACAAUGACUCUCAGAAAACAAGACUCAGGAAAGAAGUCCUUCAUUAGAAAAAUAUUUGCCAUGGGAGAAAGAAAUGGGAAGAAAGAAUGCAAAGGCUCAUUUGAGUCCACUGAUCUGAAUUCAGACCUACAGCUAGACAGAAUAGGCAGCACAGACUCUGUAAUGGCUCCUGGAGAAGUUCAGUCCAUCCGUGUUUUUGUUGCGACGUGGAAUGUUGGAGGAAAAUCUCCCCAUACCAACCUCAAUUUGAACGAUUUUCUUAAGAAUGACAACAGCGCUGACAUUUACGUAUUCGGUUUUCAGGAAAUUGUGCCUCUAAAUGCUGGAAAUGUUCUUGUUAUUGAAGACAACGAGCCAGCUGCAAGAUGGUUAUCCUUAAUUAACCAAUCAUUGAACAACCCAAUAAAUGGCGGCUCAAGAGGACUGAAACCUACCUCCAGUCUUGGAGGGUCGAAAUUCUUCCCCAAGCCUUCCCUUAAAAGCAUCAGUAAAACUUUCAGGACCGUAAGUAGACGGAAGCUAAAAAGUUGCAAUUGUACACCACUGGAACUCGAAAGGAAACGCAGCAAGGAUUUCUGGUUCCGAUGCCAACCAUCGAAUGUGAGUGAAGAUGGCAUUUCUUCAGAAGAAGAUGACGACGAGGAGGACCCGAACACCUUUGAUAUUUCAGAAAUUUCCAUUCCCGAAAGCUGUAAUGAGACAAAGUACGGUCUAAUUGCGAGUAAACAAAUGGUUGGCAUUUUUGUCACAAUUUGGAUGAGGAAGGAGCUUGUUCCUCAUGUUAGCCACUUAAGAAUUGCGAGUACCAGUCGCGGGAUCAUGGGCUGCCUCGGGAACAAGGGGUGCAUUUCAGUGAGCAUGUUACUUCACCAGACAACCUUUUGCUUCAUCUGCAGCCACUUGGCUUCUGGAGAGAAAGAAGGGGAUGAGCUAAGGAGAAAUUUGGACGUCAUCGAAAUCCUCAAGAACACUCAGUUCCCGAAAAUAUGCAGACUGCCUUACAGUCGGAUGCCAGACAAAAUCCUCGGACACGAACGAAUAAUAUGGUUAGGAGACUUGAAUUACCGGAUAGCUUUGAGCUACUCGGAAACUCGAAGACUCAUGGAAGCGAAUCACUGGGAUGCACUUCUCAACAAAGAUCAGUUGAAGAUCGAAAGGGAUGCAGGUCGAGUGUUUUGUGGAUGGAAAGAGGGGAAGAUAUACUUCGCACCCACGUAUAAAUACUACUACAAUUCAGACACAUACGCCGGAGACUUGAAAAAAUCGAAAAAGAACAGAAGAACUCCAGCUUGGUGUGACAGAAUUUUAUGGCAUGGUGAUGGAAUACAACAACUUUUUUACAUCCGUGGGGAGUCCCGAUUCUCCGAUCACCGCCCCGUUUGUUCAACAUUCUUAGCCAAUGUCAUGGUUGUAGAAGGAGGGCUUAAGAAGAAAAUGGCUAACUCUGACAUGAAAGUUGGGGCUGAAGAAUUGCUACCAACAAACCGUAGAUAUUACUCCUAAAUGAAAGCUUAGUAGCUUAAUCUAACCAUUCAUCACGAGAACGAUGAAUUGUCGAAGUUUUGCCCGACACUGAAACUCGUAGGAUCAUGUAGAGAGAUCAUAACAAAACCAGCAAGUUGAUGAUGAUCACUAUCAUCAGCCAUGGAUGCAGAUCGUUGCUUACAGAUGCAUCACAUCAGAUUGCAGCAAAUACAAGGGUGUGGGCUGAAACAUAGGAGGCAGUUGAAGACAAAAGUUGAAAACUUGUUAAGUUAUAUAAGGGAGGCAGUCCAAGUUGUUGGAGUUGCAAGACAAACAAGACAUUGAUUCUCUCAGAGCUUCACAAAAAAAUAUGAAACCUUUGAUCUGCAAAUCAUUGGUUCCAAUUCUCUGCUCUUUUCUAC